AAUAUAGACCAGGGGAGGAGACAAGAUCUGGUAUUGAGAAACACAGUCUGAUGCUCAUCCUACUUUCAGUGGCAUUUGUCAGUGAUCUGUUCACCGGAUAGGAACCUAUGUGUAAAUGGUCAGUUUUUAGAAAUGGUGUUGUUGACUUAAUAAGUUGUCACACACUCAAGUUGUUGACUCUAAAGGCUUGAGUUAGACUCGAGCCAUAAUCAUUUCUUUUAUUUGAAGCUUAACUUUGGAAACUUCAAGAUGAAUUGUUGACUUGAACGAAUUCGAUUUGCUGGCAUUGCCAACCUUUGCUUAUUUAAAUACAGUGGAAAAAAAUGACUUGCUACAUGCACUUGCAUACAGUAUGUGGUGCAUGUACAUUUAUGCAAACCCAGCCCACUUCUGAUGAUUGUCAUUAGAAAUAGCAGCGUCUUAUGAUUAUAACAUUAUGCGGCAGAUGAAUCUGACCUGUUUUGUGAAACAUCAUCGAUGACAUUGUCAGUGAAGGAUGUCAAGAGGAUUUCACUUGGAAGAAAAAUGAAUUGGGACUUGUGAAUUGGAGAAAAAUUGACACUUGACUGACUUCUCUGGGGAGAAAAGGAUUUGUGACUUGGCUUGUACGUGUAGAAAAUUGACUCGGUCGCCACAUUCUUGGUGUGGUCUGAGAUGAGUGCAAAAAGAUCACAAGCUUGCUUGAGUGGAAGUCGAAACCUAAACUUUCUGCUUAUUAGAGCAGGGCUCUUAACCAUUCAACCUCUGAGUUUGCUGGUAUCACUAUCAGGUGGCUGGCUUGAAUGCAUAUGCAGUAGCUGGUAUCCCAAUCAGUGAAUGAUAUUAAUUUGGCGUGAUGCUGGGGAUCUGUUUAUUUUAGACCAACAUUCGUAGGGGCAAAAACCUACAUGUACAUGUACGAAAUAAACAUCCCCGAGGCAAAGUCAACGAACUGUCAUUGAAUUUACACCGUAUUUUUCUUGUUUGUUAAUUGAACAAAUUGAAGGUUUGUGUCAAACAGUGGUUUUCUUUACUCAUUGUGCAUACUGGUACAUGUAUGUACAGUUUGCACAGUAUGUAUAUUGUACUUACAAGUAUUUGUUCUGGUACAUGUACCCUGUUCAAAGUUUUACGUAUACAUGUACAUAUACCGGUAUUCUAUGGAUGCGUUUAACUGUCCUAUGACUGUCGGGCCGUAAGGCUUCAAUCAUAUUACAUUACAAUUGAUCAUUUGUAAAGCUGAUUUACAGCUGUGGCCAUAUGUCUUGAUGUUUUUGGAGGGAUUCACAGUACAUGUAUACAUGUACAUGUAUCCCGUACAUGUAAGCUCAUUAAAUUUUUGUAAGAGGGCUCAAUUCUGCAUGCUUUCACAGCCAAUGCUUGCAGCCUUCCCCUCCUUGUUGCCACGUACAUGUGCAUGUACAUUAAUGGUCUGCCCCUUGACCCAUGAGCCAGAAACCGACCUGUCAGAGAAUAAAUGUUGCACAGCACCCUCAUCGGGAACACUUCCAGUUGUUUCUCAGCUGAUGGCUCAGUAUUUGUUCUGUUGAAGAUACCGUAGCUGCACAUGAAACCACCUGUUUUCUGCAGUGCACACCAUUUUCGUUAGAUCUUGCUCACUAAGUACCGCGUAGCAGAGUCUCUUAGUAUGGCCGAAAAUGGAGAGAAACGCCCCAGGGCAAACAAGGUUAUCCUCGUCACGGGCGGGUCAGGACUGGUUGGAAGAGCCAUCCAUAAAGUUGCCAUGGAAACAAAGAAGCCUGAUGAGGAAUUUGUGUUUGUUUCAUCGAAGGAUGCUGACUUAAAGUCAGAACAACAAACUAGACUACUGUUUGAGAAACAUCGCCCGACCCAUGUCAUCCAUUUAGCAGCUCUCGUGGGCGGCCUCUUCAAGAACCUUUCACACAACUUGGACUUUUUGAGAGACAAUUUACGAAUCAAUGAUAAUGUCCUCCAGUGCGCCUUUGAGUUCGAUGUGGAGAAGGUGGUGUCCUGUUUGUCCACUUGCAUCUUUCCGGACAAGACCACCUACCCCAUCGAUGAGACCAUGAUCCAUAACGGCCCGCCCCACUCCUCCAACUUUGGGUAUUCGUAUGCCAAGAGGAUGAUCGAUGUAAUGAACAGGGGUUACUACGUUCAGCACAAUCGCAAGUUCACAUCCGUAGUCCCAACCAACGUUUUUGGACCCUGGGACAACUUCAAUUUGGAGGAGGGACAUGUCAUACCAGGCUUGAUACACAAAGUGCACAUGGCAAAGCGAGACAGCACUCCUCUUCACAUCUGGGGUACCGGCUCCCCCCGCCGUCAGUUCAUCUACUCUGAGGACCUGGCCCGUCUGUUUCUCUGGGUUGUCCGGGAGUACGAGGAGGUUGACCCCAUCAUCUUGUCCGUGGGCGAAGAGGAUGAAAUCUCCAUCCAGGAGGCAGCAGAGUUGGUAGUGGAGGCUUUUGACUUCAAAGGGCCAAUCAUUAAUGACACCAGCAAAUCGGAUGGCCAGUUCAAAAAAACAGCGAGCACUGCCAAGUUGCGCAAGUACCUGCCCGACUUCAAGUUCACUCCUAUUAAACAAGCUGUCAAGGAGACGGUCGAUUGGUUUGUUGAGAACUACGACAUCGCUCGCAAGUAACCUUGGAAGAUGCCUGUUCAUCUGGUGAUAAUCGUCUGGUCGACAUAGAUGGUUAUUGGCAUCUGUUGCUCAGAAACACACGUAGGAGAAGCUUGUAGAAGGUACAUGUAGAUGGAAACAGUUACUAGCUCCAGAAAGGUGAAGUUUGUCUCUUAGGAAUCAAGAGGGGAUGGAAACAGGCAAAGUUGUAGAAUAAACAUCACAAAGUUGGUUACAUGCGCAAGAGCCAUGCCUUUUACAUUGAAAGGCUUACAUAUCUCUUUUUGUCUCGAUGGGGAUUAUGCAGUUGAGGUAGCUGGGCAACUGUAGGUUUUGCAUCGUCUUUAAAUGUAGCAAGGCUGGUGAUUGGAUUCUGCCACGUAUUACGUAGAUUACCCAUCGGUCUGAAAGAUAGUAACUAGCUGGUCAGUGUCACAGAAUCUUGUCCUGAAAUGAAAUUAUCCUCACUGCUGACAAGACGACAUCAGGGCCUUGACAACCAGUCACAGAACACUGUUCUUGCCAUUCUCAAGAGCUUUCGGCCUGGUGGCACCAGUGAUUUUGUGGGUACCGGUAAACUGGUACUGCUGCAUUUUCUCUUGUGUGGGUUGAUGGCACAUGUGUCUCACAUUGUAAGACCAUCUAACUCUGUUGUUUUGUUUGCUUUUCUCUGGCAAGUUGCCGCUCAAAUUUACAUUUCACGUUCAAGAGGCUUGCUGAUUGUCACUGAGAACCCCUAGACUUGGAUUUCCCCUGGUGACAGAAAUUCACUCCAAAUAAUAUAUUUCUAGUCCCUGCUCCGUGCAGAAACGAGAUGGUUGGGUGCACAGGUUCAUGUGUGUUUGGCGUGGGCCUACAUGUAGCUGAGCAUGUGCGACUAAUUUCUUUUGGAAUGUACUGUCUUCAAGUGUUCGCUGGGCACCAGUCGCAAUGACCUCCACCAACCCCUCUCAUUCUUUCCCAGUGAGGGGUUGCUUCUUCAUAGAGUGGACACUGAUGGUCAGGAACUAGUUGCUGAGAUUCCCCAUAUCCUCCAUAAAACACAGCAUACAGUACACGUACACAACUCAAUACAAACACCCUGUCUGUUUCAUCAGGACACGCGAGGCAGCCAUACCCUCUUUUGUUUGUUUUUAAAUGAAUUUCAAUGAAAUGGCGUCGGGUCGUUUAUCUCAAGUACAGCUGUUGGGGGAGAAUUUGUGUAGGAACAAUCGCCAGUGUUGACAGGACAACGUAGAGACCAAAAUUGUUUGCCAAAGGAAAAAUCAUGGCAUUGCAAUUUUCUCAUACAUAAUAAACGACUUUGGCAAGUGUAGCCAAGCUAUUUUGGGAGUUCAUAGUAGUCUUGUGAUAUUCGUACUCGUAUUCAAACUCUCAUACUCAUGGAAAUAUACUCCACUACAGCACUGGCUAAUAGUGACCUUUCCAUGGGGAAAUAGUUCUGUGAAGAGCUAUUGGUCCAGUGGGUGUAGGACCAAGGAGACAGGUGGUCAAGUAGACUAGCCCCAUGCUGUGUAUCUGCCAGUUCUCAAAUCAGCUUUGAAGUAUUUACUGUUGGAACUAAAUGGAAACUCAUUGUCUGAACUCCGGCCUCAUAGAAGACAAGUUGAAUGUUCUGCAGUGGAGUGGGGGGUGUCUCAAAAUCCAGGCAUGUAAAAGCCGGAAGGGAGAAGAGUCUAGAUGUCGGUGUUGGCUUUCAGUCUGCACAUCAUCUCCAGAGGGUGGUCUGACUCGGCCAUGGCAAGGGAAGAGCCGCUUUUUAUUUUGCUAGCGUGCAGAGUAGCAGUUGUACUCUUCUCAACCCUGUGUGUUGGUCAUUGUUUGAUCGGAAUCUCAGGAAUUCUUUUCAGACAUCUAUUGAGGAUGUAUCAGAUAACAGUAGUCUAGGGUGUGUAUAGGGAUUGGAGAUGUGGGGGGGGUAUCCCUCUGUCCCAUAUCUUGCUGGAUAUAUCAUUACGUUAUGGCAUCAAAUGCCAAGCAAGGUAUGGAUUUUAUACAUGAACCUAUCAGGGAAGUGAACCUUUUUUGUUCAGAAAUUUUCUCCAGUGCCUGCUCACUAAGUCACAGAUGGAUGCAUAGCACAUUAAUUAUAAAAAAAAAUUGGGUCCUUUCAUGUCAGUGGUCAAUUAAAACACUUCUUGGGGUCAGUGUCACAGAUUUUCCUGAAAUUUGUUGAAAUUGAUGCAUCAUAUGAGAAAACUCCAAAAGCCAAUUGUAAGUGUUUUUGGGUCAUAUGGUUUGUGAGUUAAAUGUCAUUGAGUUUUUGACACAUUACUUUUCAGUGUAAUGUGGAAUGUCUGUCUCCCGAUGGGAAUGCAAGAAAAUGAAUAGAGAUUGUUUUAAUCUCAAACUAAAGCUCAUAAUGCGAGAAACCACCUUGUUUCCAAAUGUGACAAAAAUGAAGAAUUUCAGCAUCAUGUCAAGCAAAAUGAAUUUUGACCUUUGACCCCUUUGCCAAAAGAAAGUCCUGAAUGUAUUCACUAUUACAGAAUGUAAACAUGGAAUCUCAUGACGUUUGGGUGGCAGAUGAGUUGAACGGAGAGCAGUAAAGUCAAACUGCAUUGAACUGAAAGUGAAAGAAAGUAUGUUUCUUUGUAUUUUUAUUUCAAAUCCUCAGCGUAGCAGUAUGGGAAAAAAUGAUGGCAUGCUGUUGAGUAUGUAAGAAGGUGGAAAAUGAUUUAUAGAUUUUAUGUUGGCCCACUUCUCGAGUAGGAUUGUACAUGAAAUUCAUUGUUUAUCCUCCCGUCACAUAAUUGAGUGGGAAUGUCUGAAAGGUCUAUUGCGUAGACAUUCAUGUGGGCAUCGAUCACCGAAAAAAGUAUUUCAAUUAUUUUUAUCAGUUAUUUGAAUUGUACUUUUAGACCUGCAUGCUAGUAUCUUGUUGAUUUUUCAACAGUGUUGUCUUUUGAUUUGAAAGAAAUCUUUUGAUUUUUUGGAGCUCGGCUAUUUUGGGACAUUGUUUAAUUGAAUGUUAUAGAUGGAGCGUAUUUAUAUCCAUAAAUUAUCAAUUUAAAUGAAAGUAUGAUAUGAAUACAAAAGUUCAUAUGAAUAUGCAAAUACAUUCAUAGUUUCCAGAUGUCACAUUUGACUUCGACAUUUUGGUAUUCUAAUUUUUUUUCAUUUAUUUUAUGCAAGUGCAUCUUACAGGAUUUCUUUGUUUCCCAAUUUCCGUAUCUUUUGUCAUUGCUCAUAUUUAUCUUGCUUCUGUAUACAUGUACGUCAUUAGUGGUUAGGAAACAUUAAACUUCAAAAAGGAGGCUGAUUUGAUGAUGUA